AUGGCUGCUGCGGCUUUGUCCGACCUCGAAACCCACACCGACGAUGCACCACUUCCAUCAUGGCUUGCAAACCAUCUGAACAUCGAGUGGAAUUCGGACGACGUCGAUGCUCUGCUGACUUCUAUUGACGCUAGCCAGAGUUCGAGCCUGCCGGUAUUGCCUCACCUACCCGCGGAACUACUUUUGCAUAUUCUAGAGUAUGUUCCAGUUGACUAUAUCCUGGACUGGCGAUUGGUCUGUCGCGGUUUUCGCGAUGCAAUCGAUGGGCGCAUCCUGUACCAUCAUCUCCAAAAGACCAAAUUAAUCGGUUACCUGGGCCAACGGACGAGUGCCAACAUGAUGAGGCUCAGCGACGAUGCCUACGAGCGGCUACAUUUGGUGCAAGCUGAGUUCGAAUUCCUUGAGGGGCUGCAAAGUGGUUCCUGUCAGAAACGGCAACCGGGCCCUCCAUGGGCCAGCACGCACGCCGUGUUCAAGAUCGAUCCACAGUGGCACAGAACAUACGACCUUUGCAACAUUGGUGCAGGUUUCCCUUCAAGGUCAAGGAUGUUGAGACAAUUAACAACUUACCGAGCUGGUCAAGGCUUUGGCACUUUAGUAUGGGCGAUCAGCCUAGGCACUGCAGUCCUCGACUUGGAUUUUCCAUUUGCGCCAGACAGACACACCUUUGACAUGACUGUGGAGUCAGAUGGAACAGUGCACGUUGAGUGGAAGCCAAUGCUUUCUCGGUUCAUCAAGACGGAGACAGCUUUCAGACGUCUCAUGGACAAGAAACUCGGGUCAAAAAUCACUUUCAGUCACACGGAAGAUUGUCUACGCGCUGUUCGUCGGCAGCGCUUACAUGCAGCGCUGGACCCUAAGGAUAAAAUCGACCGACACAUUAAGUGGUCACUACGUCUACUUCGACCUUUGUGGGGUAGCGUCCAGUAUCAUGAUCCAUCGACGCUUGAUCCUGUCGAAGCCGAUGCCGUAGGGGUUCUGCUACUCCUACGUCGAACAGCUGCUCUGAGCGAGCGUCAACUUGAGCAUCUGCACCAACUGGCUGCAGACUACAAUUGCAUGGUCAAAACGAUAAGUGAUCUCUCUCAAUUCGUCGAGAAUCUAGAUUCACAAUUGCUCGUGUCAGGACAGCACACAAGAUACUUGAGCAUACCACAAAGGCACUUCCAAAUCGAGAGCGUGUCCUCAAACCCUGUUGCCUGGUCGGAUGAGCUGCGGACAAAAAUCGAAACUCGGGUCCAGAGAUGGAGGGCGCAACGAUCCCUGAUCGAGCAGAUGCAGACGCUAAUGAUAAUGUCGCAGGAGGCGCUCGCAGUACCUGAAGAUGCAUUCGAUGUGGCGGGAUCUGAUUUUUGA